AUGUUGGGAUCGCGGGCAGGGCGCUCCGCGGCGGCCGCGGCUCAGGGAGGCCCGGGACUCGUUCCACUCGCUCGGCGCCUCGCGGCCGCUCCUGCUCCUUCCCCUCCUUCUCUUCCUCCUCCUCUUUUCCUUCUUCUCGUCUUCUUCUUCCUUCUCCGCUGCUACUACCAGUGCCGCCACUCUCUGCUGCUACGCUCUGCCGCCCCGUCCCUCCCCGCCCAACCCUGCCUCAGCCCCGACAGCCGCCACCGCCUCGGCCCAGCCGCCCGCCCCUCUCAUGUGACCCGCGGAGGGCGGAGGGGAGGCGGCUCCGCCCGGCCCCUCCGCCGCCACCCCCGCGCCACGGGGUCGCGGCCAGCGCCGCGCUGCCCGUCCCCCUCAGCGCCCCGGCCGAGCCCUGCGGCGCAGCGGAGCCUCUCUCCCGUCUGCCCUUUGCGGUGUUCCGUCCCCGGCAGGUCCCGCACGGCGCGGCCCCGCAGCGCCGAGGCCCCUAAAGCGACCUGCCCGGGGGCUGUCGGGGGUCGCCGGGGCGGUCGGGAGCGAGAGGAGCCUGGGUUGAGUCACUUGGGUUCAUGUCGGUGGGGGUCGUGUUUUGGGGUCUGCAAGAGCGAGAAGAUGUCUGCACAGCCCCUGGCUCUUUUGUGGGGUUCUAAAGACUCCUUGGGCCGUUUUAAAGGGAAGCGGGGAAGAGCGGGAGGAGACUGGAAGGAGCCAGAGCAUCUGUGGGAUUUCUUUAAUCUUCAAUAAAGAAGAUCUUCAGUGAGUUUCCUACCAUGGCAGUCAGGGUAUCAGCAACCUCCAAAGUCUGUAAAGUGUCUUCUGUAGUCUUAGCUCUGUUUUUACCACCAGUGUGUUUGGCAGUUUCAUAUCCACAAGUCUAACCUUCUGUGUUGGAAGAACUUCAUAGUCUGUCAUUCAU